AUGGACCCCGGCACGGCCCUCGCGGUAGUCGGUCUCUCGCUUCAGGUUCUCGGAGGAAUCAAGGAGUACUAUAACUCCUGGAAAGACUGCGAUGAUGACGUGAAGCAAUUUCGAGAGGCGAUGCAGCGGCUGACAAUCAUGCUUGAUCACUUGAAGUCAGUUCUCUUGAAGCCCCAUGUAGAUCCGGGGUUGGUUUACGCGAUAAACGACGUAUAUGACAAUCUCAAGGAAAGCGCAGAGAAGAUGGAGACGUUGCUGAAGAAGGUGAGGGAUCUUGGACCACCCUCCAGCAUGCUGCAGAAGUUGCGGCAGAUAGGCCGUCGCGCCUGCUACCUUUUCCGGUCAGGCACCAUAUCUCAUUUCAUGGGGUUCGUUGCGGACAUGACCGAUGAUUUGAGCUUAGCUAUGCAAGUUCUGACAUUGAACACCAUUGCCGAAGGACAAGGCCGACAUGCGUCUCUGCAAGAUGCCGUUGCCGUGAUGGAUAGCAAGCAGGAUGAAGGAUGGAAGAGUAAGAUCGGCUACUCCUAUAGCCCCGACCAAGAUGACUAA